CCUCAAGCAAUCUACACUGAAAUCCUGAUAGCGAAGAUUUGACAAAAAGAUUCAUCAUGGCAGUCAUGAGAGCUCUUGUGCUUCUUUUCUUGGUCUUUUCUAUUGAGAGUGCACCAGCUAAAAAGAAAUGCCCACGUGGAUGGACACGUUUUGAUGGGCAAUGCUACAAAUUCUUCUCUCAGUCAGUAAACUGGGUCACAGCUGAGAAAAACUGUCGAUCCAUUGGUGCAUAUCUUGCAUCUGUGCACGAUACAGAGCAAAACAACUUUCUCCUGAGUCUGCUUGUGUCUGCUAACACACGUGCUUGGAUUGGUGGCCAUGAUGGUGAAAUUGAAGGACAAUGGCUGUGGACAGAUGGAGCUCAAUUUCACUUUGCCAACUGGUGCUCUGGACAACCUAGCAAUUAUGGUGGUAAAGAGCACUGCCUGGAAAUAAACUUUUGGAAUAACCGUUGCUGGAAUGAUGAGCCCUGUUAUACCACAAUGAGCUACAUUUGUGCCAAACCUCUGUGAUCAUAAAAAAUCAAUCUGUUUCAAAAGUACUAUGAUUGUACUACAUUUUUUUCUGAUCUUUAAAAUCUAUAAAAUAUCUCUGAAAUUAUCUUUAAAAACGACCGAACCUUUCUGAAAACUUCUCAAAUCAAUAAAAGCAAUUAUAAAGCAAAUGUAGUGCAUUGUUGAGUAAAUUUAGUCAUGCAAAAAGUACAGGUUGCAGGUCACAAGAUACACAUGUAAAGUUUGAGAUCAUGAUGAGAUCAUGAGUCAAGUCUUGAAAUGUUACACAAAUGCAGAAAUGUUAUAAACAGAUUUUAUGUCCUAAUUUCAAAUGUAUUGAAAACAUUCAAUUC